UUCAAAACCAUUACUAAAUUCUCAUUCAUAUUUCAUCCCUCUAAACACACCACUACUUGAAGUUUAUACUUUACACAUAGUACACCCAGUUCACCAGAGUUUAGCUCCGACUAUAUAUCCGACUUAUAUUAUUAAGUUGUAUGCUAGAAAUGGAUUCUAUUAUUCCGGGUUUGAUAGAUGAUUUGGGUCGAGAGUGUUUAAUUCGGGUACCCUUUUAUGAACUACCCACUGCAACAUCAGUAUGUAAAAAAUGGAAGUCUGAGAUUACUCUUUCAGAAUUCCGGGUACAAAGAAAACGGGCGGGUGUAACCCGCCCGAUUAUUGUUUUGGCUCAAGCUCAAUCUGAGGGUCCGAAUGAAAAUUCGGACCCAGGUGUAAAGCAACAUCCAUCUAAGCCUACGUACCAGCUGACGGUUUCUGAUCCGACAGCUGGUACGUGGGGACAUCUACCCCCGAUACCUGGGCUGCCCGAAGGGCUGCCCAUGUUUUCGGGGUUAGUUGGAUCUGGUUCGUGUCUUGUUGUCAUAGGUGGUUGGGAUCUUGAGACGUGGAAGGCCUCAAAAUCUGUGUAUAUUUACAAUUUUUUGAGUGGGAAGUGGCGGAGAGGUGAGGAUAUGCCAGGUGUACGGCGGUCAUUCUUUGGAUGUGCUGCAUCUGAUGAUGAUCGGACGGUUAUAAUUGCUGGGGGCCACGAUGAGGACAAAAACGCCUUGAGUUCAGUGAUGUUAUAUGACGUGGAAGAGGAUAAGUGGGUCCCACUUCCUGAUAUGAGUCAGCCACGUGAUGAGUGUAAAGCAAUCUUCCAACGUGGCAGUUUCCACGUCAUCAGUGGUUAUCCAACGGAUAUGCAAGGGUGCUUCGUUAGGAGUGCUGAGUCAUUUAGUUUGUCCACUUGGAAGUGGGGGCCAGUAGUUGAGGAGUUUCUAGAAGCAGGGGCGGGUCCAGGAUUAUGCGUGGCGGGUCCUGAUGGGCGAGUAUAUGCUUGCAUAGGGAGGAGAAGUGGUGAUGUGGCGGUCCGAAUGGGUGAUAGGUGGCAGGUUGUGGCGGAGGUUCCGGCUGACGUGAGAAGCUCUCAUUGGAUGAACACUUAUGGGGACAAGUUGGUGGUAAUUGGGUGUUCAAAGUUUGGGGAGCCUCAAAGUGGUUAUAUGUUGGAUUUGAAGAACUAUAAAUGGACUAAAAUUGAUGUGCCAAAGAAGUUUUCUGGGCAUGUUCAAUGUGGUUUUGUUUUGGAGCUUUAGUUUAGGUUUGUAAUAUUUGCUACAUGUAUUUGUUGCAAGUUUUAAGCAGAGUUAGCGUAUGUGAAUAUGUAGUUAAAUCCAACAUUUUCGGAAGAGUAUGUGUAAAUUAUGAGUGAUCAUAUACUUCUAUGUAAUUCUAUACAUUAUAAAUAUAAUUUUGGUAUA